AUGAAAAGGAACUUUGGAAAGUUGCUGUUAAAAUACAUCACAAAUGGAGUGUCAUAUCAAACAACAAGGAACAUUUUGAAAUGGCUGUUUAUGAUUCUUAGGGAGGGAAGUGAUAUCCAUGUUAACGUGCCUCCCAUGUAUAGGCAGAGUUUUGAUUCGCUCUUUGUUGUGAACGAUACUUACACUAUUGCAAACUUCCAAGUUCAGCAGAAUGAUUUGCUGUUCAAACCUUUUGCUCACAACAACAACACUAUAACGAUUACGUUAUGGGAGGCGUACGCGGUGCAGUUUAUCAACUACAUUGAACAACAAGUCGAUACUUCCACUCCGGUUGUGAUUCUGAUUCAAUAUGCCAAAGUAAAAGAAGCUUUUGGCAAAUAUCCACUAUCUGUUACCAACACUUACAAUGUCACCAAAGUGGCUAUCAAUGAAGAUUUGGAGACAAUCAAACAAUUAUCGAAAUUGCUUACACAGGAUACUAUAAUGGCUGUCUCAGGCCUUCGCAGUCAGCAGUCUCAGGGCAGAUAUGGCUGGUACUACCAGGCAUGCCAUGAAUGCCCAAAUAAAGUCACUGGUGAUAAACCUCCCUACAAGUGUACAAAGGGUCAUGAAACGGAAACCGCCAUAUUCAGGUAUAAAAUAGAGGUGGAUGUUGUUCAUGCUGGUACAAAAUGCAAGUUUGUUUUGUGA